AUGAACCCGUCACAAAAAGGACCUUUCACACUGGCAUCAAUCCGCCACCAGAACCUGGCGGUUGCGCAGUUCGCAUCGCAUCUGUCCAACAUCAACUCGGACAAUUGCCACGCCGCAGUCCUCUUCGCAUCCUUCACCUUUAUCACGGCCAUGUUCUCCUUCGCCAGCCGCCACCGCGACGGCGCCGCAAGCCUGGACGAUAUCGCCCAGUGUUUUAUUCUCGUCCAAGGCGUCAGUAGUAUUCUCAGCUCGCCGAAAAUCUGGUCCGCUAUUGCCUCCGGUCCGAUCGCUCCGCUCGUUUCCAUGCCGCCAGCAGCCGCGCCCCCGGUUGGUGCCUUCGCGGCUCGCCUGAAGGCGCUAGGCGACAUUGUCCGUCCGCCACCUAUGUCACCAGGCAAUGGAAUGGCUGUUGCUUCGUCAUCCACCGCUGCCGUGGAGGCACUACAGAAUAUGGGAGGAGUGGAGACGGUGGAUACAGUGGCCGAUUAG